AUGAUCAAUGGUGUGAGACAUGGUUUCUUUCAUUCUACCCGAGGUCUUAAGCAAGGUGACCCUCUGUCACCUGGACUUUUUGUUUUGGCAGCUGAGACUUUGUCCAAGGCACUGAAUAAUCUACACAACAAAGAAAGGUAUAUUGGUUACACUAUGCAACAGAAGGGGCCAUUGAUCAAUCAUCUAUGUUAUGCAGAUGACAUAGUCAUUUUCUCAUUUGGAAACAAGAGAACGAUCAAAAUGAUCACUAGAAAUUUAGAGCGGUAUGAGAAGGAAUCUGGACAAGAGAUCAAUAUUGAAAAAAGUGUUUUCCUGACUGCAACUCAUUCACCUGAGAAUAGAAGAAGGAUGCUUAGCAGGAUCACUGGGUACAAACAUCAGUUUUUUCCCAUGAAGUAUUUGGGAUGUCCUAUUUUUCCUGGAAGGAAGAGAUUAUCCUAUUUUGCUGACAUUGCUAAAAGUGUCAUAAACAAGGCUCAAGGAUGUCAAGGCAACAUUCUAUCAUCUGGAGGAAGAGCUAUCAUUAUUAAACGUACUGACAACAAAAAGAGGUAUCAUUGGAGUUCUUGGACAAAUAUGUGUUACCCUCAAUCUGAGGGAGACUGCCUAGAAGGAGACAAUUGGGACAUGGAGUAUAUUUCAAAGUUGGUUCCACCAGAUAUAUGCUAUGUCAUUCAGAAGGUGACUAUUGGACAGAGAAACAAAAUGGACCAAGCCAUCUGGAUCGAUAAUUCAUCAGGAAAGUUCACUUGUGCCAGUGCCUUCCAAGCCCUGAGGAAAAGAAUGCCUGAAUCUCCUAUAUGUAAUUGCAUAUGGAAUAAAGGAAACUCUUUUAAAAUGGCUUUUAUCAGCUGGAGAAUUAUCAAGAAUAAGCUGCCUAUAUAUGAUAGAAUUAAGAAUUUCUCUAAUAAUUCUGAUCCUAUGUGCAUUUGCUAUAAUCAUCCUAAGGAGGAAACAAUUCUCCAUGUCUUCAUUGAAGGGGAUUUAGCUAUGAAGGUCUGGGGAUUCUUUGGUCAGUCUCUGGGCAUCAAUAUGCAGAAUCAAACUAUUCAAGCAAGGUUUUUAACAUGGUGGAACUUUUACACAAAGAACUCUAUGUUAAGAGUGGCAUACCAGUGCAUUCCUGUCCUUAUUUGUUGGGAGUUGUGGAAAGCUUGGAGCUCUGUAAAAUAUGGAAACAAGAAGUAUUCCGAGGCUAAGAUUUGCUAUGAAGUGGUUCAGCAUGUGAAGGGUAUCAUGCUUAAAAAAAGGUUACAAGAUUGA